AUGAAUGCCAUCUGGCGUGCGGUGCUUCUCCUGGCGAUACUAUGGCGAUUCUGCUGCAAUAAGACUUUGUUCGCACAGUGCUGCCCCGUGGAGUGCAUCUGCUUAUCACAAACACAGGUCAUGUGCAACACCGGUGCACUGCGCGAAAUCCCGCUGAAAGCCAUCCCGGUGACGGUGGAGCAGCUGUCGCUGACGAAGAACUACUUCCCGGUCAUCAAGAGCGACGCCUUCGGUGGGCUGCGGGCGUUGCGGAAGCUGUCGCUCGAUGGCAACAACAUCACCACCAUCAAACCAUUCGCCUUCCGGGGGCUGCCACGCCUACGGGACCUCUCGAUCCAGCACACGCCGCUGGCCACGGUCGCGUCGUUCGCGUUCGCCGGCCUGCAGAACGUCACUCAGAUUCUGCUGUCGCACAACAAGAUCCUGCGCAUCGAGGGUUACGCGUUCGCCGGGGCAGUGAACGUCCGUGUCAUCCACCUGGCCGACAACCCGACCGUCACGAUCGAGACGAACGCCUUCUCCAGCCUGAGCAACGUCGACCGGCUGAUCCUGCCGUCGGGCAUCCGUGCGAUCGAACCGGACGCGUUCGCCGGGCUCGAGACGGUCGGCUACCUGAAGCUGUCGUUCAUGGACCUGGCCGCCCUGGAGCCGUACACCUUCCGCGGGCUCACGCACGUCAAGCUGCUCUCGCUGCAGGAGUCCGACCUCGGCAUCGUGCGGGCGGGCGCCUUCGAGGGGCUGGUGCACGUCGAGCUGCUCAACAUCCUCAACAACAAGAUCGACGCCAUCCAGGAGCUCAACCUCACCGCGGCCAACCGGAUCCGGGUGCUGCGGAUACAGGGCAACCACCUGCUCGAGACGCCCGACGCCGGCGCGAUCGUGCUCGAGGGCAUCGAGACGCUGCAUGUAAAUAGCAACUACUUCCCGUGCGGCUGCCACAUCCACACCCUGCUCGAGAGCCCGCUGGCCAAUGGCACCAGCGCGGCGCACGGGUCGACCGCAGCCGGCGACUUCCUCUCCAAGAACUACUGCAUCUCGCCGCUCGAGGUGAACGGGCUGCCGAUGAGCGCCAUCGAUCUCUACUCGAUCGGCCGCUGCAUGGAGCAGGUGACGCGCGAGAACCUCGAGGCGUCCAACUCGGCCGCCGGCUCCACCAGCGUGUGGCGAGGGAAGCCGUGGUGGGGCCGGCAGCACUGGAGCCGGUCCCACGACCGGGCCCUCAUCGUGGCCGUCUCGUCGGCCGUGCGGUUCCUGCUGGCAUCUCCGCUGGCCGCGCUCCUGGUAGCGCUCUAUCCGGUGCAUUUCGGCCUGCGGAGCAGUUGA